AUUUAGGCUAUCUGUUUCGGAAAUGUGGCUCUCCCGGCCUGUAACCAUCGACACGACGUUUUCUUCAUUAUGCAACGUAACCAUAUUAGUUCAGUUACAUCACGGAAUAUAUAAGGGUGGGUAUGGCGAUGACACACACAGAGACAACCAAGAGAUUCAUCAUAGGCUCCUGGCGUGUCAACCACGGAUCGAUGAUAAUAAAUCGACAAGAAGAUGGAGGGCGCGGGCUAUGCACAGUGGUCAGGAUAACCAAGAGCAACGCGCAUCAUGAUCUUUGUGGAGAAGCAAGUGUGUCCAGAUUGUGGUGGGACUUUCAAGGACGUAUCAAACCACAAAAUCUGCCAUAGCCGAGGUUCAGGGAAACAUGCACAUAAACCUUCUGUGGUCCUAAGGCAAGUGUGUCCUGAUUGUGGCCGAGAUUUUGUGAACCUCGCAAAUCACAACGUAUGUCGUGGUCGAACUGACCAACAGGAUACAACACCCCCUACUGCACCACCUGUACAUAGUCUGACACCACCCCCUACGCCCCCUUCCUCCAACACAGAGGGACCGACACCUGCCCAACAUUGGCGAGGUCGCAACAGUUACAACGGUAGUCUCAGUGAUGAGGAUGCUCUUGCUGUUGCUAUUGCUGCAAGUCGGAACCCAGAGGAGGCAGAUCUUGGAAGGCCAUUGAGAAAUGAACCGGAUAUCAAUGCGGUACCUACUGGUUCACAACGCCUUGUACGGGAGCAUCUAAGUCGAUGUAUGGAGUUUUUUGGAGCUAGCCGGAUCUCCGUCAACAGGAACAACAUCUGGUCCAGCAGCAUGGCCUUCUUCAAGGAUGUUUGUGUAUCAAAGACGGCUAAACAGUUAAUGGUGACUUUCACUGAUUCCGCUGGCAGACUUGAGGUAGGCGUCGACACAGGGGGACCACGUCGAGAGUAUCUACGUCUGCUCCUGGAGUCCAUCGUCGCCGACAGCGGGGUGCUUCGCGGCGACGAAAACCAAGGAUUUCUGAUUCGACCCAACAUAUCUGCCUAUUUAAAGAGGCACUUCCGGGUCAUAGGGGUCAUGCUGGCCACCAUAAUUGCUCAAGGUGGACAACCUCCCGCCAUAUUUGCUCCUCCUGUCGUUGAUGCUAUACUGGAUAAAGAUGAGAUGCCGUCUGUGGAUUAUGUGCCCGACACACGGAAGAGAGAAUCUUUAAAAAAGGUGUCGGAAGCUCGCGACACGACUGAGCUACAGGAGGCUCUAGAUGAGUUUGACUGGAGAUUCGACCUGGACGGUAUCCCCUCUUAUGUUACCAUGGCCAGUAGAGAUGAGUUCCUCAGAGGAUGUGUCCAGUAUUUUGUCAUACUGCAGAGCAAGCCAAUGCUUGACCAGCUGAUUCAAGGCUUGCGUCACUGCGGGAUUCUGGAUCUCAUCAGAACACACACGUUACGAGAUUUGCUUGAGUAUAAAUCGGACGUUGAGGUCACGGCCGAAAGGGUUAUGGAUCUGUUGAGACCAGAUGAGCCUUGCCAUAGCGACGAACAACAGAUCCUUGACAACCUAAGCAGAUUCCUGCAGGCAGCUGAAGAUGGCAGCUUGUGUGAUGUGCUCAGGGAGAGCCAGCGUUUGACCCGAAGUCAGACCAAGUUUGCGCGGAGAUUAACUCCAGGGAGACUGCUAGCGUUUGUUACUGGAUGUAGUAGGGAACCAGCUGGCGGGUUCGUGCCGAAACCCAGCAUUGUCUUUAACAGAGCCGCCUGGCGGCUGCCAUCGGCCGCUACAUGCAGUAACCAGAUCCUGAUCACGGUGCACCAGAACUCGCUGGAGUUCCAUUGCUUUUGUCAAGCGAUGAUGACGUCAAUGAUGAACGGAGAAAACUUUACAACCGCCUAGGUUUCUUGUUAU